CUCCAUUUUUGUCGAUAUCUUCUUUUCUUUUUGCAUCUUUCCGGCCAUCUGCCGUCGUUACACGAUAUUCUUUCACGGCAACUUCGGUGGGUCAAAAUGGCUGAGAUUGAGAAGCUCUACGUCACCUACAAUGAUGUCCACAAGCUCUGCCAGGAGGCGGCGCCGGGGCUCCUGGAGACGUUCAAGCCGCAGCUGAUCAUCGCGAUCGGCGGGGGUGGCUAUGUGCCGGCGCGCAUCCUGCGCAGCUUCCUCAAGCAGCCCGGCAGCCCCAACAUCCCGAUCCAGGCCAUCGGCCUGUCGCUGUACGAGAGCCUGCCGACCGACGUGGUCGAGGAGCCCGGCACAAAGGUCACGCGCACCCAGUGGCUCGACCUGUCGGCCCUCGGCGAGAUGGAGACCCUCGUCGGCAAGCGGGUCCUGAUCGUCGACGAGGUGGACGACACGCGGACGACGCUCGAGUACGCCGUGCGCGAGCUCGAGAAGGACGUCGAGAUUGCGCGGGAGAAGAUGGGCGGCGAGAAGGCGCACUUCAGCAUCUUCGUGCUGCACAACAAGGACAAGCCGAAGAAGGGCAUCCUCCCGACUGAAAUUAUUGGCGAGGGGCGCUACAAGGCGGCACGAACCGUCGGGGACGUUUGGAUCUGCUAUCCGUGGGAGGCCAUCGACAUCGACGAGCAUGAUAGCCACGCACAUGCGCAGAGGAAGACGAAUGGGAGCGCGUAGUGACAAGGGGAGAAAAGAGGAUAUGCCCUCAGGUCGCUCCCAACGUUGAAAUCGCCGGGCCGAGUGUGGCUCCAACCCCCUCUGUUUAUAACAAGGCUCCGCAACUGCGCUCGGCCAUGCUCCUCGGCCUGUUGGGUAAGAGAAUCGAGGUAUUGCUGGAGGGACGCUUUAGUUGACCGAUUCGAUCUCCGUCGUCACUGUAGCCAGCACACAUCAUUCGUCAUCGCAGAAUACACGAUACAAGUCCAAAGUCGCCAAGCGGAUCGUAAAACCGCGAGGCACAAAAAUCUGACAUGAAUUUCUAUGCUCGCAAUGGAGCAUUAAUCUAUUCCAAAUCCC